AGACUGCAUCCAGAGUACAGAUCUUAAUAAACUCAGGACUUCGGGCGUUCUUUUCCGUUACUUGUAGGAUUAUAGGUUUUCUUGAAUGUGAUCUUGCAAAGGGAUCAGCCAUAGAAUCCUCCUCGGAUGUUAACCUCCGAAUCUCGUUCCCUCCAAACGUAUAGGCUACAUCAUUAUAGGAUAUCAAGCAUGCUGUCUGCUGGCACCAUUCCGAAACCUGAAAUCUCUCUAACUAUCUUCAUUUCCUCCCCGCAUCCCGGAGAACCAGGUGAUACUCACGGCAUCCUGGAGCAGCUAGAACCGGAAAAGCCAACUCAAGGAAGGGGGCUCGCACUGGUCCGUGAAUUAGCCUUUCAGGCUCCUGAUGGGUUAAGUAUCUACAUUCAUGGAUUGAAGGAUAAGGGGAUACAAAUAUAUAACGCUGUGUUAUACCGGAAGAUUCUGAGCAGGCGAAGCCCUAGGACGUAUUCCUUGCAUUUCAUGGAACAUGCGGACCACGUUUAUACGGGUCUGCGUGCUGAACUCGUGCGGACUAUUGUGGGUUGGUGGGAUUGUCCUCUGAAGGAUAGACACCUGAUGAGCAUCUGGGUGGGACCAGAAGGAGACGUGAAGGCGAAAUUAUAA